ACAUCCGGUUCCGUCCAGCGCCAUUUUGAUGAAACAGCGAGGAGACGAGCACCACGGACCAACGAGAUGGAUUUAUGGAUUUAAACCGAUAAAACAUCUGAAUUACUUGCAUUUUUGUUGGGAAUAUUACCGUGGAAGUUAACCAUUUUAUCCCUAAUCGUGUAACUGACGGAUUUAGAAGAUUAUCUGGCUGCCGACUGGGGUGUUACCGUUAGCUGUUAGCUUUUGUUAGGCCGUUGGUGUUUCAUAAUGUGUUGAGUAGCAUGUUAGUUAGCAUUUAUACGCAUCUAACGACAUCAGAGAGACAUUUUAGGGUCUGGUAGUGUCUAAAAAUCUUGCGGACUCCUUCGGAGGAUUUCUCAGAAUUUUUGGGACUUUUUUUUUUUUUUUUACAGGGCCCGGUAGUCUUUAAAAAAAGGAACUGCACCAGAACGACACUAAAUAAGACUGUUGCUCUGGAAAGUCAAGGCCCGCUGCUAGCUGCCUGAGCGGCUUGUGGCGCUGUGGGUUUCCACCAAGGACAAUUCACCAAGGACUUGGCCUCAUUUAUAUCCGGAUAGUAAAAUUUACUGUGCUGCAUGAGCUCUCUUGGAUUUGGUGGCAUUACAAUGUGUUUUCAUGAACUUUGGUCUCGUACGUCGUACAUUUUUCUGUGGCACUUACUUGAUACGGACUCUGUCGUCCUCUGCGAGCUGAGCCUUAAUACAUUUUAGCCCUUUCUCUUGUCAAGAGUGUUUCAACAAACUGGAAGAAGGUUUACCAAUUAAAGUCUAAACAUUUAGCCUCAUGUGUUCAGUGUUGACGCUGUUUUUUAUAUAACAGUUCUGUUUUUUCUCCUUAUCUUGUGCUUGAUUGAGGUUAUAAGUAGACCUGUAAAAAUGUCGUGUGUUCACUAUAAAUUUUCUUCCAAACUGGACUACAACACAGUCACGUUCGAUGGACUGCAUAUUACACUUAGCGAGCUUAAGAAGCAGAUUAUGGCUCGGGAGCGCCUCAAGGCCACAGACUGCGACCUGCAAAUCACCAAUGCGCAGACGCGAGAAGAAUACACAGAUGAUGAGGCCCACAUCCCAAAACACUCGUCUGUCAUCGUCCGCCGCACUCCGAUUGGUGGAGUAAAACCUGCUGGCAGGACGUUCAUUGUAGAUCGUUCUGACACAGCUGUGGUUGGAUCUUCUAGACCCACGGACUCUUCUCCUUCUUUGACUCUCGCUCAGCUAGCUAAGACACCAAACCUGGUUGAUGCAAAUGCUUCAGAGGAGGACAAGAUUAAAGCCAUGAUGACUCAAUCAAACCAUGAUUAUGAUCCAAUAAAUUACUCCAAGAAAGCCAUUGGACCCCCACCGGCUCAUUAUACCUGCUUUCGGUGUAACAAGACUGGCCACUACAUCCGGCAUUGCCCUUUGCUAAUGGUGGUACAAGAUAAAAGUGUGGAAGGUCCCAAACCAGUAAGGAUCAGUAAGGGGAUACCGCAGAGCUUCAUGGUGAAAGCUGACCCAGGCGCUAAGGGAGCAAUGUUGACCAGCACUGGAGAAUAUGCUAUACCUGCAAUAGAUGCGGAGGCCUAUGCUCAAGGAAAAAAGGAACGACCUCCGUUUGUACCCCACGACCAGUCAUCAUCUGAGGAUGAUUCAGACCCGAUCCCCGAUGAACUCCUGUGUCCGAUCUGCAAUGACCUGAUGACUGAUGCUGUAGUUAUACCCUGCUGCGGAAACAGUUACUGCGACGACUGUAUCAGAACUGCUUUGCUAGACUCAGAGGAGCACAUCUGUUACAGCUGCAAACAGUCGGAUGUUUCGCCAGAUAAUCUCAUUGCCAACAAGUUUCUUCGACAGGCUGUGAACAACUUUAAGAAUGAGACUGGCUACACCAAACAUGGCCGGAAGCAGGUCCAACAUGCAGCUCCUCUUCCUCCUCGUCCUCAGCUGAUCAGACCUUUGCCGUCUAGACAGCAAGAUCCCCUCCUGGCCAAUGCUGCUCAUCCUGCUCCAGCAGUAUCUCCUAAAGUGGAAGUCCCGCCCCCUGCACCUCGUCCUCUUGCUACUGCUCCUCUGGUCUCUGCUUCUCCUCCUGUUUCCACUGCUGCUCCUGCUCCUCCUGUUUCUACCACUAUUGCUGCUCCACUCAUUUCCACCACCUCUGAUGCUCCAUGUGGUCCUGGUGGCUCAUCAGCGCCUGUGACUCCAAGUCCUUCUCCUCCUCCUCCUCCUACUGCUGCUCCUGGUGCUGUUGACCAUGAGGAGGCGUCACCAGUUGCUGCUCCUGUUGUUGACCUCCAUUUACCUGCGGUUUCAAACAGCCAGGGUGAACCACCCCCUCCAGGGGAGUCUGAUCCAGAAGCUCCAGUAAAACGAGCUUCUUCGGGAACACCUGAAAGACCUUCACAGAGCUACAGUUUACCUGUUAUUGGCCACCUACCCCUUUCAAGACCAAGCCAUCCAUCAGGUCACCAACCACGAUCCAACCAGUCUCACCGAGGAGGAAACAGACACUGGUACAGAAGCAGAGGAGAGCAUCCCUCCUCUCAUGUACAGAGCGCUCCUGCUCUUGCCCCCGCACCGCAAGUCUACCCAGCUGCCCUAUACCAACCGGCACCGCAGACCUACAUUCCCCAGUACAGCGCAGGGCCAGGUCUCAUUCCCCCUCCUGCUAUUAGUUUCCAGCCUCAGCCUGUUUAUGCCCCUGGACCACCUGGCCUUAACCCCCCCUGGGUCGCUCCUGGUGCCCAGCCCCCUCUCAUGCCAUUGCCUCCAUCCCUACCUCAACCCCCUCUCUCGAAAGAAGACUUCUACAGACAAAGGCACCAUCGACAGGACAAAGUUACGUCUAAGUUGGAUGAGUUCACUAAAGAUUUCCAUGAAGAACUCAUGAAAUACAGAAAUGCAUCAAAGAGACGAAGACGGUCAUAUUCCAGAUCCCGGUCCUACAGCCGUUCUCCAUUCAGCCGCUCUCCAUUCAGCCGCUCCCCAUAUUCCCGCUCCAGAUCUAGAUCCAGGUCUUACUCUUUUUCUCCCAGUCGGUCCCGUUCUCGCUCCCAUGGCCGAUCCUACCCCCGCUCCCCUUACUCCAGACGGAAUGGACGGAGUUAUGGACGUUCAAGGACAAGGUCUCGCUCUCGCUCAAGGUCUUAUGGCUACCGGCGCUCUGGCUCACCUCGUUCUCCUCUUUAUCGAGCUGGAGGCUGGGAUGGAGCGGAAGGCCCCAGAGUCUACAGGUCUCGAACACGGUCACGCUCCCCUGGUGGCUAUCGGAGCCACAGCCCUGGCGGGAGAAAGCCCCCUCCUCGGGAGUUACUAGCAUAUGAGCUAAAGGGACACAGUCCUGCAAGUCACGACCGCUGGGACAGAGAACGGUACAGACAGUGGGAGAAGGAGUAUGCAGACUGGUACAACAAAUACUACAAAGACUUUGACAACCAACACCCCCCUCUGCAUCAUCGAGGUCAUGGCAGCAGAGACAGAGAGCGGGAAAAAAUAUCUGUGUCAUCCAGGGACUAUUCUCCCCAGGGAAGAGGAAGACGAGGCAAAGAGGAGAGGUGUGGGUUACCUCACAACCCCCCAUCAUCUUCUUCAUCAGGAGCAAAGUCCAGCACUAAAGUCCUGAAGUCAAAGAAAAUCAAAAAGAGGAGGCCUGGAGAGGAAGCAGAGCAGCAUCAUCCUGUAGACAGAGGUGACGCUACGCCUGUUAGAGAUGAGCCAAUGGAUGAAAUAUCCAACUCUAAGACUCCUCCUAUCUCCUCAAGGCCCCUCCUUACAGGUGGUGUCGUGAUGCCUAAAGGUACAUCUUCCAAAGGCCCAAUUGCUUCGGCUAAACCAGCUGUCAAGUCCGCAUCGAAGACCCAGACUGACAAAACAAAGAAGGACAAGGGUCCAAAAGUGAAAGCUAAAGUUAAAGUGCAGGUUGUCAAGGCAAAGAGUGAGAAGAUCAAGAAAAAGCCUGGAGAAGGAGUGGCGACCACAAAGAAGGACACUUUGAUCUCCUCAUCAGCUGUCAAACUGGGUAAGACCGCCAAGACCAAGUCGGAUGAUGCUUCCGUUUCAGCUGCACCUAAGAAAGAGAAGUCUAAAAGCUUUGCAGUGAAACCUGUUGUGAAGACCCCUCCCACGGCCUCCCAGAAUCAGCCUCUACCUCAUCACUCCCUCCUAGAAAACCCCCGGUCCGGCCAUGAUUCACAGACCAGGAGAGAUCCUAAGAGUGCCACUCUCCUCCUCCCUGGGCACAGACCUCCACUGCUCUUGCGGCCUCCGUCCCCAGUAGAGAGUCGGAGGAGGAUGGGGGACGACUGUCGCUCUUUACUUGGACCCCCCGACAAGCUGAGGAGAAUAGAUGGAGGCGGUCCAGUUCCCCACGCACACUUGCAUGCAAACCCCUUUCACAGAGUCCCACCCUCCUCUGACAGGCCCAGUUUAAUUCCUUUGUCAGGGACCAGAGAACUGGGUCGAACAGAUGCAGACCGAGGACCUCUGCUGGACAGUCCGAAGCCAGUGAGGAAGAUCAAGCUGAACAGAGAUCUGGGGAGAAGAGGCAGCAGUGAGGCAGCACCUUCAGACAGAUCCCAGUCCGGUUCUGAGAAAUCCUCCUCUGGCUCGGAUCGAUCCGCUGCUCUUCACGGCUUGGAAGGAGACAGACACAGAAGUACAUCAGAGGGAGCCAGUAGGAAGGAGACAUCAGCAUCUGUGGAUAAAGGAGCUUCCAGAGAGCGACCCAGCAGCGCCGGAGACAGACAACGAGUCUCAGACAGGGAGCGGGACAGGCUACCUGCUUCAGACAGAGACAAAGAGUCAGGCUCCAACAGGAACAGGGACAGACCGAGAGCAUCUGAGGACAGAGAUGAGGAGGGAGAGAAGGAGGUGAAGACAGAGAGAAAAGCCCCCAGCAGUGGAAGUGGAGCUGCUCGCUCUGUCUCUGUGGAUAAAAUGACAAUCGGAGAGAAAUCUGCCUUUUGCAAAAAAGUGGCAGAUCAGGAGAAACCAAGUGGUUCCUGUAAGGAGAGGAUGGAAGGUGCAGAGAGAGCUGCUAAACCUGACAGGAGCCAGUCCAAAGACAGAACAGAGAGGAGUGGCCUCUCUGGAGACAAACCAGCUGUUACUCAAAGAGAAGUGAUCAAAGAAGACCAGGAGACAGCUGUGAAAAGCAAACCCAGGAUCAGUCGGAAGACUCUGCCGAGCCAUGUGUCUUCCUCCUCCAGGUCAGCUCCAGAGCGAAAGCUCGAAUCAAACAGAGAGCAGAAGAAGAGUGUAACUUCUAAAGCUGCUGAGCUUCCUCCAGCCAGCCCUGUGAGGGGCCGCCAUCACAGCCCAGCCCCCAGCCCGGCGCAGGAGCUGCCGCUCAUCCAGCCACCGCCGCGUUCCAAGUGGGAGAGAGACGACGACGACGACGACGGACAGGAAGACCAUCCCAGCCCACCGACCAAGGACCCCUCACCACUGGCAGAGAAAGGCCGAGGCAGAGAGGGACACCAUGACGCAGCCAAGUGUGUUAGAGCUGAAGCCCAGGAGCCUGUGAAGGAGGAGAAGAAGGGAGCAGUCAGGGAGGAGAAGAAAGGGAAGACACAGAAGGACGAGGGGAAGUCGGGCAGGACUACACAGAAAGAUUCAGACAAGACACACAGAGCAAAAUUUGCGAGGGAGGAGAGCAGAGGAACCAAAGAGGAGAGAAAAUCUUCAGCUAAGGAGGAGGAGAAAAAAGGUGGAGGAAGGGAGGAGGGGAGAGGAGGAGUAGGAGGGAAGGAGGACAGAGCUGCUGGAGGAGGACGGGAGGACAGCCGCAACCCGGAGCCCAGGAGACAGCGUCUCUGCUCAGACCUGACCCGCGAAACGGACGAGGCGUCCUUUGUCCCAGACUACAGUGAGGGGGAGGGCUCGGAGCCAGAGAGGGGGCGGAGCGGCAGCCCCACCCCGUCCCCCACCCGGCCCUCCCAGAGCCCGUCACUUAGCAACCACAGCGACUCGGCCACCACCGCCGACAAGAAGAAGAAGAAACACAAGAAGCACAAAAAACACAAGAAGCACAAAAAGCACAGCAGCCAGGACAAAGACAAGGAGCCCAAGCAACACAAGAGCAAACAGAAGAAGAAGAAACACAAAAAGAGCAAAGACAGGGAGGUGGAGGAGAAACAGGAGGAGGAAGCUCCAUGCUAACACCUUUUCUACACUCAUCCCAGUAAUGUUUGUAAUGGAAAAACAUUCAGUUCCCCUGUAAGUUAAUGGUGUGGAGAAGUGUUUCAGCAAGAACUGACACUUCCUACUGGAUCGCUCCAAACACAAGCGUUGUCUGUAGUUGCCCCUGACAACACUGCAUCAGGAUGGCUGUUGGUGUGUCUGCUAUUUUUAUGAACCAGUCAGUGAGCAGAAGGAACAUGUUGACCACGGCAGUGGGUGCAAAUGAGAGGAAUAAUAGCCACUGUACUCAGGGAUGAGACUGCUGCUCCGCCGGCUUCGGUUGGUCUGUACAGAGAUUUGCUUUGCAUCAGUUCUCCGUUCUUUUUGCUUUUUAAGCAAACUGUCAUUGCUUUAUUUGCAUUUAUUUCCAGAAGACUCUGCUAGGAGUUUUGCAUGUUUUAGCACAGUUAUUUGAAAAUUAUAAUUCUCACCUUAAAUGUUUUUUUUUCCGUUUAUAUGGGAGUUUAUGUUUUAUCAAAGAAUGAAUCUACAUGAAACACCUUUUCCAUCCAAUUUAAUCAAAAGAAAAGAAGUUGCCACAAGGAAAUGUAAAUAAAAAAAAAAUCCUGUGGAAGUAAAACAUUAUUUAGCAUAAACUUACAAGAUUUCUGGUAUUAAUGUGAAAGCUGACUGUUGUGUAUUUAGACCACACUGGACUGUGUAAAUCAAGGAUGUUUAUUUAAUGAUGAAUAAGUUUUUUGUUUCUAAGGUACAGUUGCUGCAGCAGAGAAUGUUUAUGUGGGUGAACUGGUGUGAAAAUGAGGAUAACUGUUCUUUCAAAUAACAUGUUUCAGUUUUAAUAAAACAGUUUUGAAAUCAAA